AUAAUAUGCACACUGCAGGGAGGCACUGGCGUGAUAGCUAGUCAAACUACAUUGCAUGUUCAAUCGUAGGCUACUAGCUACAGCUAGCUAAAUCAUUAAAACACCGAUCUCCACGGAAACAAAACAUUACAAAAUUUUAGGCCUGACGUUUUACAAAAACAUCGACCUUCGCUUGAGAUUGUGCGUUUCCCCGUGGAAUGAGCGUUCCAUGCAGCAUCCUAGGUAUGAAUGACGUGGCCUGGCAGGAAUCGAGAGGUGGGAUGCUGCACACAAACGGUGCUCCUGAAGCAGGGCGGGGUCGAGUUCAUGGAGGCAGUUCCCUUGCCUCCGUCGGAGGAGCAGGCCAGGGUCCUGGGGGGCCACAUACUCUACAGGGCAUGGACAGGGGCCCCAACCCCACCCCAGGUAUCCCACAGCCUCCUCUGAGUGGCCGAUCUCAGGACGAUGCCACAGUGGGGUACUUUUUUCAGCGGCAGCCUGGGGAGCAGCUGGGAGGCUGUGCCCCCAGUAAGCACCGCUGGCCUACUGGUGACGGAAACCAUGUUGAUCAGGUUCGUGCUGUGGAUGAGAUGAACUAUGAUUUCCAAGCUCUGGCUUUGGAGUCUAGAGGCAUGGGGGAGCUAUUGCCUGCAAAAAAACUCUGGGAUUCUGAUGAACUGGCCAAGGAUGGAAGGAAAGGGCUGCUUCUUGGAGAAGAGUGGAGAGAGAAUGCGUGGGGUUCUUCUCAUCACUCCGUGUCCCAGCCAAUCAUGGUGCAGCGAAGGCCAGGGCAGGGUUUCCAUGGAAACGGAGACGCCAGCUCUGUGCUGUCCCCCCGUUCUGAAGGCGGUGGGCUGGGGGUGAGCAUGGUAGAGUAUGUCCUGAGCUCCUCCCCCGGAGACAAGCUGGAUGGCCGCUACAGGAACGGUGGCUAUUGUGUUGUGGACCCUGACCCAGACGGGAGAGAAAAGAAUGACGCACAAGAGAAAACGUCUCCGUUUGAAGAGGACCAAAGCCCAGAGAUGAAGGUUGGAGAAGAGACCGACACCUCCAAAUCUAACGGGAGAGGCCUACUCAAUGGAAUGGACCGAGAUGUCAAAGACUUCAAUCCCACCCCAGGCAGUCGCCAGGCAUCUCCCACUGAGGCGGUGGAGAGGAUGGGCCCGACCCAGGCAGGUCUGGAAAUGAUGGGUCAGCACCACACCCAUGUCCUCCAGCCCCAGAACCCAACCCAGAACAAACCCCUGGCAGAGGACUUCCAGAACCAGGAGGCCCAGAACAUGGGUGGCAUGGAGCAGCAGGCUGGCGUGGAGUCCCUCCAGUUUGACUACGCUGGGAACCAGAUCCAGGUGGACUCCUCUGGCACUCCGGUGGGGCUGUUUGACUACAACUCCCAGCAGCAGUUGUUCCAGAGGUCCAACCAUUUGGCUGUUCAGCAACUCACUGCUGCUCAGCAGCAGCAAUAUGCCCUUGCGGCUGCCCAGCAGCAACACCUUGCAGGCCUUGCUCCAGCGUUUGUGCCAAACCCCUACAUCAUCAACGCUGCGCCCCCCGGAGCAGACCCCUACACUGCUGCUGGGCUAGCAGCAGCUGCCACUCUCGCAGGGCCUACAGUAGUCCCCCCGCAGUACUACGGCGUGCCCUGGGGCGUGUACCCCGCAAACCUCUUCCAACAACAGGCCGCUGCCGCCGCCAGUCAUUCCGCUAACCAGCAGGCAUCCAAUCAGGGGCCAGGACCUGGACAGCAACAGGUGAUGCGUGCUGGCAGUAGCCAGCGUCCCCUCACCCCAGGGCAGGGCCAGCAGAGCCAGCAGGAGUCCCUGGCUGCGGCAGCAAACCCAGCCCUAGCCUACGCUGGGAUGUCAGGUUACCAGGUUCUGGCCCCUGCAGCGUACUACGACCAGACCGGGGCCCUGGUCAUGGGGCCUGGGGCCCGCAGUGGCCUUGGGGGGCCUGUUCGUCUGGUCCAGACCCCCCUGCUCAUCAACCCUGCAGCAGCACAGGCCGCAGCUGCAGCGUCAGCGUCUGCCUCUGGCAACAACAUGUCUGGCCCACCGGCCAACGGGAUGUACCGCUCCAUGCCCCAGCAGCCUCAGCAGCCCCAGCAGCCCCAGCAGUCCCAGAACAGCGGCCUGCCCGCCAGCUCCUUCUACGGCUCUGGCUCUGUGCCCGCCAGCUCCCAGAGCAGCUCCCUGUUCUCCCACACCAGCGCAGCCCCGCCGCCCAGCUCCUCUCUGGGCUUCAGCAGCACCGGGGGCUCCCUGGGGGUGGGGCUUGGCUCGGCACUAGGAGGCUUCGGCUCCUCAGUGUCCAGCUCCAGCUCUAGCAGCGUGUCUCGCAGGGACUCCCUGUUGGCCAGCUCCGACCUGUACAAGCGUGGCGGCAGCAGCCUCACUCCCAUCGGCCAGCCCUUCUACAACAGCCUGGGCUACUCCUCCUCACCCAGCCCCAUUGGCCUGACCCCGGGACACUCCCCCCUCACCCCCCCGCCCUCUCUACCCUCCUCCCAUGGAUCUUCCUCCAGUCUUCACCUAGGCGGCUUGACAAAUGGGAGUGGGCGCUACAUCUCGGCCGCUCCCGGAGCCGAGGCUAAGUACCGCAGCGCUGGGGGCACCUCUAGCCUGUUCAGCUCCUCCAGCCAGCUGUUCCCACCGUCCCGCCCGCGCUACAGCCGCUCAGACGUAAUGCCAUCUGGACGCAGCCGGCUGCUGGAGGACUUCCGCAACAACCGCUUCCCCAACCUGCAGCUCCGUGACCUGCCGGGACACAUGGUGGAGUUCUCCCAGGACCAGCACGGUUCCAGGUUCAUCCAGCAGAAGCUGGAGAGGGCCACUCCGGCCGAGAGACAGAUGGUGUUUGGGGAGAUCCUGCAGGCAGCCUACCAGCUCAUGACGGACGUGUUUGGGAACUACGUCAUCCAGAAGUUCUUUGAGUUUGGGAGUGCCGACCAGAAGCUGGCCCUGGCCACUCGUAUUCGCGGCCAUGUGCUACCCCUGGCCCUGCAGAUGUAUGGCUGCCGGGUCAUCCAGAAAGCCCUGGAGUCUAUUUCCUCUGACCAGCAGGUAAUUAGUGACAUAGUCCGGGAGCUGGACGGCCACGUGCUGAAGUGUGUGAAGGAUCAGAACGGUAACCAUGUGGUUCAGAAGUGUAUCGAGUGUGUCCAACCUCAGGCCCUGCAGUUCAUCAUCGACGCCUUCCAAGGCCAGGUGUUUGUGCUGUCCACCCACCCGUAUGGCUGCAGGGUGAUCCAGAGGAUCCUGGAGCACUGCACCCAGGACCAGACCCUUCCCCUCCUGGAGGAGCUGCACCAGCACUCUGAGCAACUGGGCCAGAAAUAUCAAGGCGUUUCAUUGGAGAUGACACCCAAAACAUAUUAUACAGUGUCCAGCGAUGCACUGUUCAAGGAUCAGUAUGGUAACUACGUCAUCCAGCAUGUUCUGGAGCAUGGCAGACCCGAGGACAAGAGCAAGAUCGUGGCCGAGGUCCGUGGCAAGGUCCUUGUCCUGAGCCAGCACAAAUUUGCAAGCAACGUAGUGGAGAAGUGUGUGAUCCACUCGUCUCGUGCGGAGCGCGCGCUGUUGAUCGACGAGGUGUGCUGCCAGAAGGACGGCCCCCACAGCGCCCUGUACACCAUGAUGAAGGACCAGUAUGCCAACUACGUGGUGCAGAGGAUGAUCGACAUGGCUGAGCCCGCCCAGCGCAAAAUCAUCAUGCACAAGAUUCGGCCUCAUAUUGCCACUUUGCGUAAGUACACCUACGGAAAGCACAUCCUGGCCAAGCUAGAGAAGUACUACAUGAAGAGCGGAGCUGACCUUGGACCCAUCGGGGGGCCCACCAACGGCCUCAUGUAGGCACACCACAUCCCUUCAACAACACCGGAGGAGCCCCCUCCAACAAACCCCCCCCCCCCUUCUUUUAUUGUUUAUUACCAGCCACUCCUGAGUCAUCAGGGGUCACCUUCAGCACCUCUGUUUUGUCCCACUGAGGAAUCCCCCCCCCCCCC